GCGACCUCACUUCGCGCAUCUGCGUUGCGCAGAUUGUUGCGAAAGCGGCGGCGACCGAUGUGAGUUCGAAGGAUGACAGUGCGAUGUGGCAUGACGAGUCAAUAAUGGCGACACCGGCAGCGUAGCGCAGUGUGUCUCGAAGGUGGUAACACAGGUUGGUUAGCGGUUGCAAAGUUGAAUGCGCUGUGGUGACGAAAGUUGAGUGCGCCAUUGGACGAGACCGGGUCAAUGGCAGAAAGCGUCGCUGCGGCGGCUGACCGCAGCAAAACGCAGAUACGGGAGCGGCGGCACGUGUUUGGCUCAGUGUGUGCAAGAGGAAGAAUGGCAACGGAGAGAGGGGGUGGGGAUGCGGGCGGGCGGCUGAGUCGAGGCCAUGACAGUGCAAGGCUGCAGAGGCCGCGCGCUGGGAGGCAGUCAGUGCCAGGAAGACGCCGAUAGCCGCGAGAGGCGACAGCUCCAUUUCUCCGCCACUCAACCGCGUAAGCAGCAUGGCGUCCGCCUGGCAGCGCCCGGCCAGCGCGCCCCUGCCCACUGUGUACCGGCGCUGCACGGGCACGCGGCCCAUGCCCGACGGCCGCACGCCCAACUUCUGGAUCCAGGACAUCACGCCUGACCAGGACGAGGACAUCGUCGACUUCAUGAGCCACAACUUCCUCGAGGAGGAGAACAUGUGCAACCUGUCGGGCGUGCGCCACGACCCAGUGUCGCUGGAGGGCAUCCGCGGCGUGUGGCGCCAUAUGCUGCAGCACCGCGCGGGGCUGGUGGCGCUCACGGACUGGCCCGACGGGCCGGACGCCCCGCGAAUCGCCGGCUGCAACGUCACCUGCGUCACGCGCCGCGACGAGCACAUGCUCGAGGUGGAGGGCGUGGCGCUGAACCACGUGCUGCGCGCGCUGCACGACAUCGAGUCGCGCGUGGACGUGUUCGCGCGCUACGGCGUGGACGCGUGCCUGAACGCGCUGGGGCUGUCGGUGGCGCCGCGCUUCCGCGGCCAGGGCCUGGGCCUGGAGCUCCUGCUGGCGCGCGACGCCCUGCUGCGCGCGCUGGGCCUGCGCCUCACCGUCACCGUCUUCACCGGCGCCGCCUCGCAGAAGCUGUCUGCGCGCGCGGGCUUCGACCUGCUGGCGCGCCAGCGCUGGGACGAGUGCCUCGACGACCAAGGCAAGCCCAUCUUCCCCGACCCGCCCUGCGAGGACUUCCAGCUCAAGGCCAAGUACGUCGAGUGAAGAAGCGAAGCGGAUCCGCGACGCUCGUCGAUGUUGCUCCUGUUGCCAAAAUGACGGGUUGCCACCCUACUUGAGGUGCGAUGACCACAACCUCUGCAGCAGCGACUUUGCCGUUUGGCCAGUUCACACAGGUGGUGCGGAGA